CAGAGCAGCACUACUGCUACGUCACAGUUAGAAUACUCUUAUCAUUCAUUGACUAAACCUACACAUUAUUUUUAUUCGACACAAACUAGAAGAAGGCUAAUUUAUGCCCUUUGUUCUUUGACCACAAACCCAUUUUGCACAUCAGACUUUCUGCGACAUCUUUGAGAAACUCACUUGUUCCCAGCAGUCUUCUGACUUUUGUUCCACAGCAUCAAAGCUUUCCUUUCGACAAGGAUUGACACCUCGCAAGCAAAAUAUCAAGGUGCUUGGGUUCUUUACGAUGCAGAUAAUCUGCUGCAUCCAAACCCUGCUGUUGUUGGGUGCUCAGCUGGCUCUUUCAAUCCCCAACAACUUCUUCUACCAUGACUUUCGCAAAGGAAAUGGAAAAAAAGAAAUUCACUUCAGUGGUGUGAAGCUCCAUGUGGACUCUCCUCAGCCUUCAGUGUUUGCAGUCACAGGGGAUAAUGUCACCCUACCGUGCAGGUUUUGGUAUGAGCCUGAGUUGAGCUCACCAAGGGAACCCCGGGUCAAGUGGUCCUGGCAGCCUGCAGGCGGGGGACAUGAGACCGACGUGCUGGUGGCUAUCGGCUCCAGAAGUCGAAGUUUUUGGGACUUCAGGGGUCGUGUGCAGAUCAGACAAGAUUUCCCAGGAGAUGCUGCACUUGUGAUGACCAACCUAAUGUUGAAUGAUACAGGCCGUUACCACUGUGAGGUCGUGGAUGGACUGGAGGACGAGAGCAUUUCAGUUUAUUUGGACUUACGAGGUGUGGUUUUCCCCUACCAGCACCCUCGUGGCCACUACCACCUCAGCUUCAUGGGAGCCCAGCAGGCCUGUGAGGAACAGGCCUCCACACUGGCCACCUUCUCCCAGCUCUUCCAGUCCUGGAAGGAGGGCCUGAACUGGUGCAAUGCAGGCUGGCUGGCUGAUGAGACAGUCCAGUACCCCAUGACCCGACCCAGAGUGCCCUGCGGAGGGGACAGCCUUGCCCCAGGUGUCAGAAGCUAUGGCAGACGGCACCUGCACCUUCAUCGUUACGAUGUCUUUUGCUUCUCCUCUACACUCCAGGGUAAAGUCUACUAUCUGCAGCCCUCUCACUCGAUGAACCUGACAGAGGCACAGCAGACGUGUCAGGAGGACGGAGCAGAAGUCGCCAAAGUGGGACAGCUGUACGCCGCCUGGAAACUCACAGGGCUGGACCGCUGUGACGCAGGCUGGCUGGCUGAUGGAAGUGUUCGGUAUCCCAUCACCAGGCCCCGGAGAAACUGUGGACCAUCCGAGCCAGGGGUGCGCAGUUUCGGCUUUCCUCCUCCACAGCACAAACACGGGGUCUACUGCUACAAGUCAGGGGAUGAAUGAAUGAAGACCCCCUUUUGUAAUAGGGGGUCAAAAAUGCAAAGUUGGCACAAGUUUCUUGAAAACGUGUAUCCUUAUGAGCAUGCUUGUUCAUUGUAACAGUGUAAACUAUGGAAACCAAGCAAUAACGGCCUAAGUGUGCAAUGAGGAUUAACAGGAGGGGGAAAACAACAGAAUUUUUUUUUUUAAGAUUAAAGAAAAAUAUAUUAUAUACAAUUACAUUUUUACUUUAUAUUUAUGUAACAUACCUUAAAUAUUUCCUCUUUGAGUACUAAUGCUUUGUGUUUGAAUGUAGAAUAUGCUGGUAUAGUGUUUAAUACGCUUUAACAAGGAUCAUGAACAGAUAACACAUUAUUACCACCUUUUUGUCUUGCGUGUAAUGCAGUAAUUUCCUACAAUGCAUGGUUUGAGCUAUUUCCGAGUAAUGUCUUUACUGUCAUUCCUCUCACAUGCUGUCCUUUGUUAAUGCAUGGGACAAUAAAAAGGCUUGUUUGAAGGUAAAAGAGUUACUCCUCUUACUGGACGUCUUCCUCCUCUCCCUCACUUGUGCAAUUCUUGUGCUGUACAAUGACAACAAAAGUAAUGGAAGAAGCAGAUGGGAAUAAAACGACUAUGAUAUUCACAGAAGAAACAGAACAUAAACCAAAGAGAACUUUAAACUAUCAAAAGAAGAUCACUCGAUACUGUGAACAUCAACAGUAUCAUUUUCUUACAAGAAAACAAAUGUUGGUAAAGGUUACUACAAACAUUCGUAGUAUGUUACAGUCCUUAAAGCAAGGUAUAUUUACAUUUGAACAUUUUUCCCGCAAUAUACUCAUUAUUUCUAUUGUUCAUGUUUAGAA